CCAGUACACUACGUACGUCCUCAUUCACUGCCUCCAUCUUUCUCCUCCUCCUCCAGGCUCUCUCUCUCUCUCUCUCUCUCUCUCUCUCUCUCUCUCUCUCUCUCUCUCUCUCUCUCUUUCUGAAAUCAUUCUUGAUCUUGUGAUUGUAAUUUUUCGAGUGUCGUCUGAAGGAGGAGAACUAGGAGGUGUUGCAGUUGCAGAUGCUUGAAAGCAGUCGGCCAUGGAAGCAGCAGGGGAUGAGGAGAGGCCCUUGCUCCAACACCCACCUCCUCACCUCCAUCAGGAUGGGGAUUCGAGAUACACCAAUGACGGAACAAUGGAUGUUAACGGACAACCUGCUGUUAAGGCAAGCACAGGGAACUGGAGAGCAUGCUUCUUCAUCUUAGGUGUCCAAUUCAGCGAAUGCUUGGCCUUCUUCGCGAUCUCCAAAAACUUGGUCACCUACCUUACCAGCGUGCUCCAUGAAAGCAAUAUCGACGCGGCGAGGAAUGUGUCCACUUGGUUUGGCACCACAUUCUUCACGCCGCUUAUUGGAGCCUUCUUGGCAGACACGUAUUGGGGGAGGUACAAGACAUUAGUGGUUUUCCUCUCAGUCUACAUCGUCGGGAUGCUUGUCCUGACGGUUUCGACGACGCUCCCAUGGAUGAUUCAAUCCUCCAACCACAGUGAGAUUCACCGUAUCACCGUCUAUGUUGGACUCUAUCUUACAGCCCUUGGCAACGGUGGCAUCAAGCCAUGCACCUCCACUUUUGGCGCUGACCAGUUUGACAUCACCGACCCGACGGAGCGGGUGAAGAAGGGCUCAUUCUUCAAUUGGUUCUACUUCUUGAACACUAUUGGCUCCCUUUUGUCGACCACUGUGAUUGUCUGGGUGCAAGACAAUGUUGGGUGGGGGAUCGGCUUUGCGAUCCCGAUGAUCCUCACGAGUCUCAGUUUCACGGUGUUUAUCGCUAGUAGGAGGAUCUACAGAUACAAGUCAACAGGAGAGAGUCCCAUGACAACAGCUUCCCGGGUUGUUGUUGCAGCUGCAAGAAAUCGCCGUCUGGAGUUGCCCGAGGAUUGCACAACCUUGCAUCACUCGCCUUCACCACCCUCAGAGGCUACGUUCAAUGUUCAGCAUACCACUCAGUUCAGAUUUUUGGACAAGGCUGCCAUUGUGUCACCGUCGACACAGGAGAAGAAAGGCACGGCGACGAGCCCAUGGAGGCUAUGCGCACUCUCUCAUGUAGAAGAGGUGAAGAUGCUGCUACGUCUGUGCCCUGCAUGGGCGUCCUUGGUGGUCUUCUUCAUGAUCACGGCACAGAUGUCGUCGACGGUGAUUGAGCAGGGUAUGGCAAUGGACAACCGCGUGUGGUCAUUCACCGUGCCACCGGCCUCCCUCGCCAGCUUCAAUGUGGUCACCACACUUGUAUUGAUCCCCAUAUAUGACGUUGUGCUAGUUCCCCUAGCUCGGCGUGCCACCGGUGAGGACCGAGGCCUCACGCAACCGCAGCGCCUCGGCGUCGGUCUCGCGUUGUCCACUCUGGCCAUGGCUUACCUGGCUCUUCUCGAGAGGAACCGUCUCGCGGUCGGGGAAGCGGUGAGCAUUAUGUGGCAGGCACCGGCAUACGCCAUGAUGGGUGUCAGUGAGGUGUUUACGGUCAUCGGCACGCUCGAGCUCUUCUACGACCGGGCUCCGGACAACAUGAGGAGCAUGUGCACCGCAUUCGCGCAGCUCGCCAUCGCGGCAGGGAGCUACCUCAACUCGGCAGCGCUGGGCGUUGUCGCGUCCGCCACGAUGUGGAUCCCGGAGGACCUCGACGACGGACACUUGGACUACUUCUUCUGGACGAUAGCGGCGCUCAGUGCCCUGAAUCUGCUGCAGUUUGUAUUCUACUCUAUGAGGUACAACGACAACGUAGCUUGUCGACAAUGCCAUCCAUAUUAGCUUAUGGAUGUUUCACUUUGUUAGCAAACACCCGAUCAAACUUCUUGACCAUUCUUUGGGUGGAAUUAUUUCUACUACCACAA